CGGCGCUGGGCUGGCCCAGCGCUUCCCAUCCCUUCCCACUAGCACACCGAUAGGUGUGUGCGUAGCCGCCUUUCUUCCGAAGACGGCUCCACCUUUCAGCGUUCGGUUUGGUGCAGCCCUGCCCCGGGGUGGUGGUGAAUGGUACAGCCCCAGCCCCCCUCAGCGUCCCCCUUCCGCACCGGCUCCGAGUGGUACGCACCCCCCGGUGCGGACGCGGAACUGGCGCCCGCUCGCAGUGGCGCCGCGCGGGGCAGCGACUGACGCUCGGCUGCUGGGGGACGUCCGGGCGGCCUGGCAGGUCCCCUGAGGCUCGGGAGACUUGGAUUAUCAGAUAAUAACAGAAUUCUUCCUGGGAACACAACUCCUUGCUUGGUGCCCUGAAGUUUCCCUGAGAUGAACUGAUGAAUUGGAACCAUGGUGCAAAAGAAGAAGUUCUGCCCCCGAUUACUUGACUAUCUAGUGAUCGUAGGGGCCAGGCACCCAAGCAGUGAUAGUGUGGCCCAGACUCCUGAAUUGCUACGGCGAUACCCGCUAGAGGAUCACCCUGAGUUUCCCCUGCCUCCAGAUGUAGUGUUCUUCUGCCAGCCAGAGGGCUGUCUGAGUGUGCGACAGCGGCGCAUGAGCCUUCGGGAUGAUACCUCCUUUGUCUUCACCCUCACUGACAAGGACACUGGUGUCACACGCUAUGGCAUCUGUGUUAACUUCUACCGCUCCUUCCAAAAGCGAAUGCCUAAGGAAAAGGGGGAAGGUGGAGCAGGGUCCCGUGGGAAGGAAGGAACUGGUGCCACCUGUGCCUCAGAAGAUAUUGGCACAGAAAGCUCAGAAAGUGGCUCAUCCCUGCAGCCUCCUAGUGCUGACUCCACCCCCGAUGUAAACCAGUCUCCUCGGGGCAAACGCCGGGCCAAGGCAGGCAGCCGAUCCCGCAACAGUACUCUGACAUCCCUGUGCGUGCUCAGCCACUACCCUUUCUUCUCCACCUUCCGAGAGUGUCUGUAUACCCUCAAAAGGCUAGUGGACUGUUGUAGCGAACGGCUACUGGGCAAGAAAUUGGGCAUCCCUCGAGGCAUACAAAGGGACACCAUGUGGCGAAUCUUUACUGGAUCACUGCUAGUGGAAGAGAAGUCAAGUGCGCUUCUCCAUGACCUUCGAGAGAUUGAGGCCUGGAUUUAUCGAUUGCUGCGCUCCCCAGUACCCGUCUCUGGGCAGAAGCGAGUAGACAUUGAGGUCCUACCUCAGGAGCUCCAGCCAGCUCUGACCUUUGCUCUUCCAGACCCCUCUCGAUUCACCCUAGUGGAUUUCCCUCUGCACCUUCCCUUGGAACUUCUGGGUGUAGAUGCUUGUCUUCAGGUGCUAACCUGCAUCCUGUUGGAGCACAAGGUGGUGCUACAGUCCCGGGACUACAAUGCACUCUCCAUGUCUGUGAUGGCAUUUGUGGCAAUGAUCUACCCCCUGGAGUAUAUGUUUCCUGUCAUCCCACUGCUUCCUACCUGCAUGGCAUCAGCAGAGCAGCUGCUGUUGGCUCCAACCCCCUACAUCAUUGGGGUCCCUGCCAGCUUCUUCCUCUACAAACUAGACUUCAAAAUGCCUGAUGAUGUAUGGCUAGUGGAUCUGGACAGCAAUCGGGUGAUCGCCCCCACCAAUGCAGAAGUGCUCCCCAUUCUGCCAGAGCCAGAAUCAUUGGAACUGAAAAAACAUUUAAAGCAGGCCCUAGCCAGCAUGAGUCUCAAUACCCAGCCCAUCCUCAAUCUGGAGAAAUUUCAUGAGGGCCAGGAGAUCCCACUUCUCUUGGGAAGGCCUUCUAGUGACCUGCAGUCCACACCUUCCACUGAAUUCAACCCCCUCAUCUAUGGCAAUGAUGUGGAUUCAGUGGAUGUUGCAACCAGAGUGGCCAUGGUACGGUUCUUCAAUUCUGCCAAUAUGCUGCAGGGCUUUCAGAUGCACACACGUACCCUGAGACUCUUUCCUCGGCCUGUGGUAGCUUUCCAAGCUGGCUCCUUUCUGGCUUCACGUCCCAGGCAGACUCCCUUUGCUGAGAAACUGGCCAGGACUCAGGCUGUGGAGUACUUUGGAGAAUGGAUCCUAAACCCCACCAAUUAUGCCUUUCAGCGAAUUCACAAUAAUAUGUUUGAUCCAGCCCUGAUUGGUGACAAGCCAAAGUGGUAUGCCCACCAGCUGCAGCCCAUCCACUACCGAGUCUAUGAUAGCAACUCCCAGCUGGCUGAAGCACUGAGUGUGCCACCAGAGCGUGACUCUGACUCUGACCCCACUGAUGACAGUGGCAGCGAUAGUAUGGAUUAUGAUGACUCAAGCUCUUCUUACUCCUCCCUGGGUGACUUUGUCAGUGAAAUGAUGAAAUGUGACAUCAAUGGUGAUACUCCCAAUGUGGACCCUCUGACGCAUGCAGCACUUGGGGAUGCCAGUGAGGUGGAGAUUGAUGACCUGCAGAACCAAAAGGAAUCCGAGGAGCCUGGCCCAGACAGUGAGAUCGCUCAGGAAAACCCCCCGCAGCGCUCCAGCUCCAGCACCACUGCCAGCAGCAGUCCUAGCACCGUCGUCCACGGAGCCAGCUCUGAACCUGCUGAGUCUACAGAGAUGGAUGAUAAGGCAGCAGUAGGCGUCUCCAAGCCCCUCCCUACCGUGCCUCCCAGCAUUGGCAAAUCGAACGUGGACAGACGCCAGACAGAGAUUGGAGAGGGGUCAGUGCGCCGGCGAACCUAUGACAAUCCAUACUUCGAGCCCCAGUAUGGCUUUCCCCCUGAGGAAGAUGAUGAUGAGCAGGGGGAAAGUUACACUCCCCGAUUCAGCCAACAUGUCAAUGGCAAUCGGGCUCAAAAGCUGCUGCGGCCCAACAGCUUGAAACUGGCAAGUGACUCCGAAGCAGAGUCAGACUCCCGAGCAAGCUCCCCCAACUCCACCAUCUCCAACAACAGCACCGAGGGCUUCGGGGGCAUCAUGUCUUUUGCCAGCAGCCUGUAUCGGAACCACAGUACAAGUUUCAGCCUUUCAAACCUCACGCUGCCCACCAAAGGUGCCCGAGAGAAGACUACACCAUUCCCCAGUCUGAAAGUAUUUGGGCUAAAUACUCUAAUGGAGAUUGUUACUGAAGCCGGCCCCGGGAGUGGUGAAGGAAACAGGAGGGCUUUAGUGGACCAGAAGUCAUCUGUCAUUAAACACAGUCCAACAGUGAAAAGAGAACCUCCAUCACCCCAGGGCCGAUCCAGCAAUUCUAGUGAGAACCAGCAGUUCCUGAAGGAGGUGGUACACAGUGUGCUGGACGGCCAGGGAGUGGGCUGGCUCAACAUGAAGAAGGUGCGCCGGCUGCUGGAGAGCGAGCAAUUGCGAGUCUUUGUCCUGAGCAAGUUGAACCGUGUCGUGCAGUCAGAGGACGAUGCCCGACAGGACAUCAUCCCAGAUGUGGAGAUCAGUCGAAAGGUGUACAAAGGAAUGUUAGAUCUCCUCAAGUGCACAGUCCUCAGCCUGGAGCAGUCGUAUGCCCACGCAGGUCUGGGUGGCAUGGCCAGCAUCUUUGGCCUUCUGGAAAUUGCCCAGACCCACUACUAUAGUAAAGAACCAGACAAGCGGAAGAGAAGUCCAACAGAAAGUGUAAAUACCCCAGUUGGCAAGGAUCCUGGUCUGGCUGGGCGGGGGGACCCAAAGGCUAUGGCACAACUGAGAGUCCCCCAACUGGGACCUCGGGCACCAAGUGCUACAGGAAAGGGUCCUAAGGAAGUGGACACUAGAAGUUUAAAGGAAGAGAAUUUUGUAGCCUCUAUUGAAUUGUGGAACAAGCACCAGGAAGUGAAAAAGCAAAAAGCUUUGGAAAAACAGAGACCCGAAGUAAUCAAACCUACCUUUGACCUUGGUGACACAGAGGAGAAAAAGUCCCAGAUCAGCGCAGAUAGUGGCGUGAGCCUGACAUCUGCUUCCCAGAGAACCGAUCAAGACUCAGUCAUCGGUGUGAGUCCAGCUGUUAUGAUCCGCAGCUCAAGUCAGGAUUCUGAAGUUAGCACUGUAAGCAAUAGUUCUGGAGAGACGCUUGGUGCAGACAGUGAUCUGAGCAGCAAUGCAGGAGAUGGACCAGGUGGUGAGGGCAGUGCCCACUUGGCAAGUUCCCGGGGCACUUUGUCUGAUAGUGAAAUUGAGACCAACUCUGCCACAAGUGCCAUCUUUGGUAAAGCCCACAGCCUGAAGCCAAAGGAGAAACUGGCAGGCAGCCCAGUUCGCUCUUCUGAAGAUGUAAGCCAGCGAGUCUAUCUCUACGAGGGACUCCUAGGAAGGGACAAAGGAUCGAUGUGGGACCAGUUAGAGGAUGCUGCUAUGGAGACCUUUUCUAUAAGCAAAGAGCGUUCUACUUUGUGGGACCAAAUGCAAUUCUGGGAAGAUGCGUUUUUAGAUGCGGUGAUGUUAGAGAGAGAAGGGAUGGGUAUGGACCAGGGUCCUCAGGAAAUGAUUGACAGGUACCUGUCCCUGGGAGAACAUGACCGGAAGCGCUUAGAAGAUGAUGAAGAUCGCUUAUUGGCAACACUUUUGCACAACCUCAUCUCCUACAUGCUGCUGAUGAAGGUGAACAAGAAUGACAUCCGAAAGAAGGUUCGACGUCUGAUGGGAAAGUCACAUAUUGGACUUGUGCAUAGCCAGCAAAUCAAUGAGGUGCUUGAUCAGCUGGCAAAUCUGAAUGGACGUGAUCUCUCUAUUCGAUCCAGUGGCAGCCGGCACAUGAAGAAGCAGACAUUUGUGGUGCAUGCAGGAACGGACACAAAUGGAGAUAUCUUUUUCAUGGAGGUGUGCGAUGACUGUGUGGUAUUGCGGAGUAACAUCGGGACAGUGUAUGAGCGCUGGUGGUAUGAGAAGCUCAUCAACAUGACCUACUGUCCCAAGACCAAGGUCUUGUGCUUGUGGCGUAGAAAUGGCUCUGAGACCCAGCUCAACAAGUUUUAUACUAAGAAGUGUCGAGAGCUGUACUACUGUGUGAAGGAUAGCAUGGAGCGUGCCGCCGCCCGACAGCAAAGCAUCAAACCCGGGCCUGAACUAGGCGGCGAGUUCCCUGUCCAAGACAUGAAGACGGGCGAGGGUGGCUUGCUACAGGUCACCCUGGAAGGGAUCAAUCUCAAGUUCAUGCACAAUCAGGAGCGGAAGGUUUUCAUAGAGCUGAAUCACAUUAAAAAGUGCAAUACAGUUCGAGGCGUCUUUGUCCUGGAGGAAUUUGUUCCUGAAAUUAAAGAAGUGGUGAGCCACAAGUACAAGACACCAAUGGCCCAUGAGAUCUGCUACUCUGUGUUGUGUCUCUUCUCAUAUGUGGCUGCAGUCCGUAGCAGUGAAGAGGACCUCAGAACUCCGCCCCGGCCUGUUUCCAGCUGAUGGAGUGGGUUAGCAGCUGGCCAGCCCAGGGCUCACCCCUCACCUCCUGCUGCUCCCAGUUGCACCAGCUGCUGUGACUGAGAAGGGGAUGAUGCGCGUACGUUCCGCCAGCCCUGCGCUGUGGCUUCGCUGGUUCCAAGUUAUGUGUCUCUUGAGUGUGUCUUUGCGUGUGUCUGUGACAGAGCUAAGCUAGUCCUUCUACCUUCUCCCUCUCCUUACCCAGAAGACCAGUCUACUGUUCCCUCAGGGCUCAAGUGGGGGGUGGUGGCAGUGCAAGCCCACCCUUGAUGUCCUUGAGACAUUGUGUUGUGGUUCCUUGUCCUCGUCCUUAAUCUUGACCCUCCAGUGCAGGAGUCCUGCUCCCCGGUCCUCUGUGAUCUGGCAUGACAGGACACCUUGGGCAGUUCCACUCUGGGCAGUGAGGGAAACUUGGGGCCUGCCCUCCCAGACGAGAGGUGGGCAGGGAAAGGAAGGGAAGAGGUGGGAGCAGCUGGAGUGAGUGGCAGCCCCCUGCUUCCCUGUGCAUUUCCCAGUGGCAGCUCCUGCCUGUGGCCUGAGCUCUGCUGCUGCCCACCACAGCUCCAUUGCCACAGCGGGGCAGUGCUGAGGGGCCGCUGUGUGCCGAGCAGCGAUUUUUCCUAUGGUCAACCUGGCCUUCGUCAGGAGAAGACAGAGUGGUUGGGGCAAUAGUCCCCGGGACCACUGGCUGCUCCACCUAAGAACCAGGGAGGGGCGAGCAGGGCCAAGUUCAUUAUACAUGCCUGUCUGAGGCAGUAACUCCUGGUGUCAGGUGCCAGGAGGGAAAGAUGGCCUGGGGGUGGGGGACGAUUGUAAAUAUCUCAGCUCCACGUUAUUUAUAGAAAAUGUACAGCUGUGUGAAUGUGAAAUAAAUGUCCUUAACUCCCUUGGGGUCCUUGGUUGCCUUGCAUUAAAUGACACCUCCUCUCUGCCCAGGCCUGAGGAACCUUGUGUUAAAUGAUGCCUCCUCUCAGCCUAGGC